ACAAAUCUCCUCAGUCCUCACACAGCACAAACGACGUCGUUUUCUCUUGGCACCGUUUCUUCACUAGUUUCUUGCCGCCGUGAGAAACUCGAUGGCGAGGAGGCGCGAGAGACGUUCAUCGGCGACGGAGGAUUCGGAACGGCGGAAGAAACGAGACGAUUCAAAAUCUCAUGAUGGCCAAGUCGGAGAACCAAACUCAGAUCGGAGGCUCAUCACCAUUUUCGUCGUCUUCUUCAUCGUCAUUCCCGUCGUUUCGAUGAUCGUGUACAAAGUCAAAUUCGCUCAUCGACUCAUCCAAACGGAAUCAUCAUCAAUACGUCAAAAGGGGAUUAUUAAAACUGAUAUUCAUUUCCAAGAAAUCCUCACUGAACAUUCCAAGUCUUCAGAUAAUUCAUCAAAUAGGCACUAUGAUUAUCCAGUGUUAGCUUACAUUACGCCAUGGAACUCUAAAGGCUAUGAUAUCGCAAAGAUAUUCAACUCCAAGUUUACACAUUUAUCACCGGUAUGGUACGACCUAAAGAGUAGCCAAGGAUCUGGGUUGGUUUUGGAAGGGAGACAUAAUGCUGAUAAGGGAUGGAUCCAGGAGCUUCGAUCGAGAGGAAAUGCGAUGAUAUUACCAAGAGUUGUUCUAGAAGCAAUUCCUGGGGAGCUGCUUAGGAAAAAGAAACUAAGGAAGAAAGCUAUUGACCUUAUUGUCGCAGAAUGCAAGGAAAUGGAAUAUGAUGGUGUCGUGCUAGAGUCUUGGUCAAGAUGGGCAGCUUAUGGCGUUCUGCAUGACCCGGAGAUGCGGAAAAUGUCACUGCAAUUCGUAAAACAACUUGGAGACGCCCUUCACUCCACGAGCUCACCAAGAAAUGAGCAUAUGCAGUUCAUGUAUGUCAUUGGUCCACCUCGUUCAGAGAAGCUCCAAAUGUACGAUUUUGGGCCAGAAGAUCUUCAGUUCUUGAAAGAUUCAGUUGAUGGGUUCUCUCUUAUGACCUAUGAUUUCUCAAAUUCCCAGAACCCUGGCCCUAAUGCUCCUCUCAAGUGGAUAGAUCUCACCCUCAAGCUCCUACUUGGUUCAUCCGACAACAUAGAUUCAAACCUGGCCAGAAAAGUUCUUCUUGGUCUCAACUUUUACGGCAACGAUUUCUCAAUCUCUGGAGAUUCAGGAGGCGGAGGAGCAAUCACCGGAAGGGAUUACCUCGCAUUACUCCAGAAACACAAGCCAACUUUUCAUUGGGAUAAAGAGAGCGGCGAGCAUCUUUUCAUGUAUAGAGAUGAUAAGAACAUCAAGCAUGCUGUUUUCUAUCCUACAUUGAUGUCAAUCCUUCUACGGCUUGAGAAUGCUCGUCUCUGGGGUAUCGGCAUUUCCAUCUGGGAGAUCGGACAAGGUUUAGAUUAUUUCUUUGAGCUAUUGUAAAUUUAUUACAUUUGAAUCCUCUUCUGCGAUCACUUAAUGUUUGAGUUCGUCUUCUUUGUUAACUUAAAACAACUGCUGAGAAAUGGCACGGAAGCUCUGUAAACUACUA